CCCCCCCCGAGUCUGUAACAAGGUGAGAUUGUAGACAGCCCCCCUCUACAUGAGGACACCAGCCUGAAGGGGACAGAGCAGGAGCCAAUACACCCCAAAUUACAGCCACAGCCACAGGAGCACAUAGUACCAACAGUCCCCAAACCACAAGGGAGGGGUUAAUGCUAAGCCCCUUGGCAGACAAAAUACAAAACCAGUUGGAGGAGGUCAGGCCAGGGGAAGCCGGCAGCCCCAAAGCUUGAAUGAGGACCUGGGAGUAGCUGCGGUUUCCCACCAGCCCUCAUGGACUCCCCUCCUGCCUUGGUUCUGCCCACGUCACCUGUCAGCAGGCAACCUUCCCCUUUCACAGCCACAUCCGGCUGAGGUACCCACUGAGCCCUGCUCCCUAGGGUGGCGAGAGGGAUUGCCUGUGCCAGACCUUCGAGGCUGACCAAACAUGUUAGGUUUCUCCUGUGGCACAGAGGGUGAGGCAUGGUUGGGGGGCAGCAGCAGUUGCAGAAGCAGAGCUCAGGUGUGAGCGCAGGAGCUGGGUGAGGAACUCCAUAGCCUCUUCUGUGUGUGGGUUAGGACCAGAAACCACCCAAAAUACCACGGCCACAGCCGCCCUGCUUUGCUGCCCCACUCCCUGACUGAUGGAGAAAUCGCAUCCCAGGGCACCCCCGCACAGGAAGCAGAGCCCAGGGCUGACUUCUGGUUGCUUUGCCAACUAAGCACCUAGUGCUGCCAAGAGCAGGCCUUAAGCCCCCUCCCCCCAGUCCACACUGGCCCCUCCCUCAGGAGAGCCAGCUGGGCCAGUUCCUGCUACUCUAGCCCUGGCCUCGGUCCUCUGACACCAGAUUCUGGGUCUCCUUAGCCCUUCACGGUGGCCUCUCCAAAUCCUGCUCCCAUGCCCCGCUCAGCUAGGAAAGUAGUGAGGUCCACAUGUGCCUUCAGCUGGAAGGCCAUGAGGUUGGCGCCGUGUAGCCUGAACCUGGACCUUUGCUCCUUUGGCUAUUCAACAUGGAUCCUGAGCCUGGCGGUGCUUAAUUUUGACAGUUUGUUUUAAGAGUUUCAAUGGUAAAGUACUUAAAACUCACAAUGCUGCAGCCUCCGAAGGUGGUCAGAUCUGGGCAAUAAACCGUAUUACCCACUUCUUCUGUCCAAAAUGUGUUCAUUGAGCACCUCUCGUGCCCACGAUGGGGUUGACAGCCCCUGCCCAUCAGACAGGCAACUGCAGUGCCCUGUGACCAUGUUGUGAACUAUGUUUCUUCUACUCACAGCCAAGAGCCCACCAACAUGAACCCAGUGGCCUCAAAUGCUCUGUGGAGAGAGAUGAAGUAGAAACAGAUUUCAGUGAGUUAAUGGAGAUAAAAACCUGCUUUCUCUCAGGCCCCCGGUGCAGCAUCUGUCUCCCCAUUCCCCAUCCACCGGGCUGGCUCCUGUGGCCCUCAGCUUGGGUCCCCAAGACACCCUGAUCCGUCAGGCCAGCAGGCAGUGGCGUCGCAGGCCAUGCUCUGCUCUCUGGAGGUGCCUGCUCCAGCUGCUGGGAGAUGCCCCACUGCCCCACAGGCUCUGGAUCCUCUGACACUUGUUCAGUCAGAUGUGCCAGCUCUGUGGCCCAGGGCCCUCCCACCAGCUCACAAAAAAGCAGGCACACUCCUGUGUUACUGCUGGGAGCACAAAAUGGUGUGACUCCUACGCCAGGAAUUUUGUGGCAUCAAAUGACCCAUGAAGUUGCCUCUUGACCCAGCACUUCUGUUUCUGGGAGUUAGUGUUGCUGAGCACACUGUAAUGGAAGACUGGAAACCCCCAGAAUUCAUCAGGGACGCGGUGAUAUCAACAAGGGUGUGUCCACAUAAUGGAAGGGUAUGCAGCCAUUUAAAAAUGGGGAAGUUUUCCAGGUACGGAUAUCACGUGGUCCCCAGAAUAUGUUAAGUAAAAAAAGAUGUGAAAUCAUAGAACACCAUGUCAUACCUGGGAACUGGACUAUGUCACCUGGGAGUGUGACAGGUGAGCCCACUUUCAUUGUGAUAGAGACCAACCUCCCAGGCAGGAGGGCACGAGUUGGGGGCGGGGGCGGGGUCAGGAAGAGGGUCACUCAAGAGACACCCCCAGGACAUGGGACCUGCAGAGGCCUGGGCCAUCUGGUGUAGGCUGGAACACUGGGGGCUCAGGAGGAGGAGAUGGCCAAUGCCAAACGCCCCACCACCUUCCAGCCUGGUCAAGAGUCAACUCCCCUCUUUGCAAAAUGAACUCCCCCGCCCCCCCACCCCCCCAUGAUGAGGUUAGUGGGGAGGGAGGAGCCAGGCCAAGGGCCAGUGACUGACUCUCAGCCCCACACACAGGGACUGCAGCUGGGAAACUAGAGGCCCCAAGGGCACCCCCAGCCCCGAUUAUCUCUGGGUUCUCCUCAAGCCCAACCAGGGUUGCUGUGGUUUCCUGCUGGCGCCUCUGGCCUCAACAAACCCCUGCCCCCCCAUGCUGCACUAAUGGCUCAGCCUGGGGCUCCAGGGACCUCCCCACCCCCCAGGCUGCUCUGCCAGCCCCCAUGCCCCUCACUGCUGAAACCCAAUCCUCUGCGGCAGCUCUGGCUCAGCAGAGCAGCAGACCAGCCCUGCCUGCCACGCAGGCUGCACUCUACCUGCUCAGCGGCGGAGCCCCCAGCCCAGCCCCGGCCCUGGAGCCACAGCCUGUUCCCGGACGAGGCCAGCUGGACCCUUCAGGUCACUGCAUCCAACCCAGCCAGGCCAGUGCCUCCCCAUCUCCCUUUCAGGUGUGGCUCCUCUCCUUGCCUCCCUCUGCACUGUCCCCUGCCUGGCCAGCCCCUCCCAGACCUCAGGCUGACCCUCUCCUGCUCCUAAGCCUCUGCAGCCUGGCCACCAACCCCAGCCCUCUCUGUUCCCUCACCUCAGCGGAGGCCAUGAAGCCCCCCUCAGGGCCGGAGGAGGCCUGGCAGCAGGCCUCGGACAUCAGUGUGUUCGCCAGCAGCUGCACGCUACAUGGGCUGAGCCAUGUCUUUGGUCAAGGAAGCCUGACCCCGCGCCGGGGGCUGUGGGCCGUGGCCAUGCUCCUGUCGAUGGCUGCCUUCCUCUACCAGGUAGCAGAGAGGGUGCGCUACUAUGGGGAGUUCCAUCACGAGACGGCCCUGGACGAGCGCGAAAGCCACCAGCUCACCUUCCCGGCCAUCACCCUGUGCAACAUCAACCCGCUGCGCCGCUCACGUCUCACGCCCAAUGACCUGCACUGGGCCGGGCCCUCGCUGCUAGGCCUGGAGCCCUCUGAGCACGCCGCCUUCCUGCGCGCACUGGGCCAGCCCCCCACACCACCUGGCUUCAUGCCCAGCCCCACCUUCGACAUGGCCCGACUCUACACCCGGGCUGGGCACACGCUGGAGGACAUGCUGCUGGACUGUCGCUACCGCGGCCGACCCUGCGGGCCCGAGAACUUCACUGCGAUCUUUACCAGGAUGGGUCAGUGCUACACCUUCAACUCCGGUGCGGAUGGGGCAGAGCUUCUCACCACCCCCAAGGGCGGAGCGGGCAAUGGGCUGGAGAUCAUGCUGGAUGUGCAGCAGGACGAGUACCUGCCCGUGUGGAAGGACAUGGAGGAGACCCCGUUUGAGGUGGGGAUCCGAGUGCAGAUCCACACCCAGGAGGAGCCACCUAGCAUCGACCAGCUGGGCUUUGGGGCAGCCCCUGGCUACCAGGUUUUUGUGUCUUGCCAGCAGCAGCAACUGAGCUUCCUGCCACCUCCCUGGGGCGACUGCAGCUCCGCAUCCCUAGACCCCGACUUUGAGCCAGAACCCGCUGGUCCCCUGGGUCCCCCCAGCCCCAGCCCCGGCCCCAGCCCUCCCUAUAGUCUAAUGGGGUGUCGCCUGGCCUGCGAAACCCGCUAUGUGGCUCGGAAGUGCGGCUGCCGAAUGAUGCACAUGCCUGGUAGCGCACCGGUGUGCAGCCCGCAGCAGUACAAGGACUGCGCAGACGCCAUGCUGCGGAAGGACUCGUGCGUGUGCCCCAACCCGUGCGCCAUCACGCGUUACGCCAAGGAGCUCUCUAUGGUGCGGAUGCCCAGCCGCGCUGCUGCCCGCUACCUGGCCCGGAAAUACAACCGCAGCGAGGCCUACAUCGCGGAGAACGUACUGGUGCUGGACAUCUUCUUUGAGGCCCUCAACUACGAGACAGUGGAGCAGAAGAAGGCCUAUGAGGUGUCAGAGCUGCUAGGCGACAUUGGGGGCCAGAUGGGGCUGUUCAUCGGGGCCAGCCUGCUCACCAUCCUCGAGAUCCUGGACUACCUCUGCGAGGUGUUCCUAGACAGGGUCCUGGGAUACUUCUGGAACCGGAAGCGCUCCCAAAGGCCCUCCAGCACCCAUCUGCUUCAGGAAGGGCUGGGCAGCCAUGGAAAUCAAGUGCCCAAUCUCAGUUUAGGCUCCAGGCCUUCCACCCCUCCCUGUGCCGUCACCAGGACUCUUUCCGCCUCCCACCGCACCUGCUACCUCGUCACACGGCUCUAGACCUGGUGUCUGCGUCUUCAGGGCCAAGCCUCAACAUCCUGGACACGCUCUGCCUGCACAUGACUUUGUCACCUUCAUCCCAAAUAAAG